CCAAUAAGCCUGUCAAAGUCAUCAAAAAUGAGCACCGGACAGCUCCCUAAGAGUGUCAAGGUUCGCUCCACUUGCAAUGCCUGUCAACAGGCCAAAAUCCGCUGCAGUCAUGAGAAACCCUCGUGUCGACGAUGCCAGAAACAUAAGAUCGACUGCAUCUACAGCGUCUCUCGACGGCUGGGAAGACCGGCAAAGAAAACGGAUCCACGGUCAACCAUCAGCGAUCAGGAUGGAGGUUCACCGUCGCCGAUAGAAGGUAUUUCCGAUGAGAAGCGAACCCAGAAACAGACAAGGAAGAGAUACCAGAGCUCCAAGUCGAAGACUAUGGGAUCUAUAAGCAAAUGUGGCAAUGCCUCUCAGGAUAUCCCCAUCGGUGAUAACACUCAGAUGCCCAUUCUUAUGGAAAUGAACUCAAGCGGAGUCUCUGAAGGGCUUGAGAUGGAUUUACCGCCAGAAAGUUGGUUGCAGGAGUUGAUGUCGACACAUAUCAAUGACGCUGUUAGUACCACGACUUCAUCGCUGGUCUACGGCGAUGUCAGCUGGGAUGCCCCGUUUGAGCUCUUUCCAGAGAGCUUUAAACACCAUGGGCCCAUCGAUGGCUACCAGUCAGGGGAUGAAUAUCUCUCAGUGCCCAUAAUACCCGAAUCGGCUACUGAAACAAGCACAAGUCAGGACCUCAACGUGUUUCCCAGCUCGGCUCGAAAUGAGAUGAUUGAAACCUCAAUUUUACAGGAUACAAAUACGUCUCCAUGGGCAUGGUCGUCGAAUGCGAGACAGGAGUUGCAGUCAUCAUCGGAUUGUCAGAUGCUGGAUGUGAUGCCUUCACUGAGUGUUGCAAGUGAUCAAUUGGACCCUUCGGCUAGGUUCCAGUCGUCGGAAGACAGUAAUGACGACGAUAUGUACUCUCCGGAGAAUUCAGAGAUCGAUCCCCUUCCAGUCGAACCACCAGGUUACCACUGCGGCUGUUUCAAACAAGGCGCCAGCGAGUUGGUGGAAUCUGGGCUUCGGACCGGUCGAAGCAGAUUCUCAAGUCUUGAUAGUAUUUUGGUCUGUCAAAGGGAGCUACAAAAUCAGGCAGAAGUCAUCCUGCAAUGUCGAUUCUGCCCUCAAUCGGAAGCUAGAGCGAAUAUGCUCAUGAUCAUCAUGGUGACCAUCGAUAGCUUUGUUACGGCACUGGAAGCAAUCUCAUCCGCGGGGGCAUGCGUCGACGAGGAACGAUCACCUUUGGGAAAAGGGCAGAAUGAACUGGGUAGCGGCUUUCAAUCUUAUAUUGAGGCUCUUCCGUUGCUUGUAGGGGGGUUUGUAGUGCCUGUGGAGGAAAAGGCUCGGUUCAUUCGACACGUAUUGCAAGCACGCCUGUCUAUGCUGCUACUGACCAUUCGGCGCAUCCGUGUUUGUACACAGCAGGUCCUUGCUAUAACCCCCUCACGGGGACGGUUGAUGAUGAUGGGGGAAACGGACCGUCGGUUGCAGUUGGUCAUCAUGAAGAUUAGCAUGGUUGGGUGA